AUGACACGAUUUUGUAUAUCAAUGGUGACAUUCAAAAUUAUAAUGACUACUGCAAACGUAUUGAUCAGUCGACCGAACCAUUACUAUAGCGAUCACAUAUGUGUGUAUCCGGACUACGCGGACGGUUGGUAUAUAAGAAAAGCAAAGAUCGCGCCCAACAAUAACGCGAGGGAUGUGUUGAUUGACCUGAAGAUGAGAACACUUGCGUUGGACGGACAGCGAGACUGCGAACGAAGUCUGUAUUUACCGCUUCAGACCGGCUAUAAGACUGAUAUGGUAUGGGAGGGACCGGUCGAGUAUAAGACACAUAAACCAAAGCACCAGCACUUGUAUAAUAAGUAUAGAUAAAUAUUUUUAAAACUCGUCUGAAAUUAAGUAAAAGUUACAUUGUUUGUUUUUUGGAAUAUUUAUAAAAUAUUUAUGAUUAAAAAUAAACUGUUUUAUCAAAAAAA